AACUGUUUCACGACAGUUUGGGAUGUGAGAGAAAUAUGGCUGCUUCCUUGGUUAGGUGGUUGAGAGGAUUGUAUGUUUUGUUCUUGAUAUGUCUUCUCUGUGCUUCUGCUUUCCUGAAUUUAGAGGAAUUAAACGAAAUGAAAUAUGGAAUCCAGAUUCUGCCCGACCCCGUUAUUAUGGGGCAGAUGGAGGAUGUGAUGUUGGUUUCCAAUAAGUACAAGCAGCUUUAUGAGUGUCGCUUGCCUGCCCAGGCAGUGCGCUUCCACCAGGAUCCAGUGCCAGAGGCUGACUCUCAGGGCUACAGUGGCCCGGGGGUCCCUGAGCUCUUAAAGCCUAUGCAGACUGCACCCUGCCUGGUCAAGACCAAAGACUGGUGGACGUACGAGUUCUGCUAUGGCCAGCACAUUAGACAAUACCAUUUGGAAGAUUCCGAGAUCAAGGGUGAUGUUCUUUUUCUGGGUUAUUUUGAGUCUGAAUUUGACUGGACCAAUGAAACUGCUAAGGCCACUAAGCAACAUAAGCUGAAGAGAUAUCACAGUCAGUUUUAUGUCAAUGGCUCCAAGUGUGACCUGAACGGCAGCCCUAGGGAGUCAGAAGUCAGGUUUGUGUGUGAGGAGGGUUCAAGUGAUUUUAUAGCUCGUGUGGAUGAGCCUCAGUCCUGCCGCUAUGUUCUCACUGUACACACAUCUCGCACGUGCCAGCACCCACUCCUUCGCCCACCUUCGUCUGCCAAGCCCCAGGGCAUUGUGUGUCAGCCUGCCCUCAGUGCUCAGCAGUACAUGGACUAUGUCAAAGCUCAAGUCUCUGACACUAAACGUAAAGUAGAGCAGAUCUCUGAGGAGCUAAGGACCCUGGAUCAAAUUCUGUCCAAAGAUGAAGACAGUGAAGGAACAGGAAAUGACAAAAUGGAUGAAGAGUCUGUAACACCCAGCGAUAAGCCUUUUUCAGCAACUGAGGACAAAGAUGCUUUAGUGGCAGAGGGUGAGUCAACAGCUGAGGAUGCAGAGGAUAGAGAUUUCUGGGAGGGCGUCACCAAACCUGACAGUACAGACCCACAGAUUCCUGAGGCACAGGAGUCUGAUGAUGCUCAGGAUAACCAGCCAGAGGACAAUGACAUAUUCGGGGAAGAAAAGUUUAAUUUUAAAAUAAUCACUGACCCUGCUGACCUGAUGAAGUUUGUACAGCACCUCAGAGAGAGCAACAGAAAAAAGGCACAACUUAAUAAUGAGAAAAGCCAGCCUUCUUCACAGAAGAGAGAAACAGAGGAGGGGAAGACAGAAGAAAAGGAGGAUGCUGAAGAGGAGGGAGAUGAAGAUGAACAACUACUUAAGGAGUUUGAGGAAGAAAUGGCUGAUCUCUCUGUGCCUCCUUCCAAGAUAGAGGAGAUUAAAGAAGAGAUGCAGAAGGAGUUUGAUAACAUCAUAGAAGAGGCUCAGCAGGAGUUAGAGACUGAAGGCCUUAAAGGGGAGUUUGAUCGCUCUCAGGCAACUCAGACUCUGGAGAACACGUUGGGCAAACUGCUGGACCGUCUCGAGGAUAAGACUGAACAAGACAGUGAAUCAGACACAGAGAUGAACACAGACGUAAAAAAAUCUGCGCACACUCCACCUGAGAAGGAGGAAAGCCCUGCUGGUGGCAGCCCUAGUCUUGUCCCCAAAACCCCAGCGCGGGAGCAUGGCAGUGGGGAGCAGGUAAAAAUCAGGGUAACUAAAUAUAAGGUAGGUGGAGACGUGGCUGCGGGAGCGGUUGCCGGGGGCGAUGGUCAUGAGGGAGGUGUGCAGGUGCGAGAGCUGGGCGAAAAUGACCCCCAGUGGCAGCAGAUUCAGGAAGUGGUCAAAGAACAGCUAGAAAGAGCUGGCAUCAAGGCCGAAGGCAAGAUUGAAGUAAAGAUUUUAACACGUAAAACAGCAGAGGAAGCCGGAGACCAGUGGCUAAGCGAGGAGGAUACCAAAUCUUUCAGAGAACUGCUCAUCAAUCUGCUGACUGGAGGGACAGAAGAAGUGUACAAAGAGCAAAAGAGGCAGCAGGAGUUGGAGAACAACUAUAGAUUUGUUUGGGGAGAGAAACAGGACCAGAGUCAGUCUGCAGGAAGUAGCGAUUCAGAUGAACUGGACUUCUGAAACUUUUUCCCCAGCUAUUUUACUUCUUCACAUGUCAGAGAGGUAGAGGACAUAAACCGUACAUUGGAAUACAAAAGGACUUUGAACUCUUUAGCAGCUGUUACAGCCCUUGCUCGGACUGCAGUUUUUCACGAACACUGUGUUUGUCCCUUUUGUUCAUGUUGUGAGAGUUUGGGUGUAAGGGGCUUAAUAAACUAUGCUGUGACUGACCGAGUCACAUGAAAUCUGAGAGUGGUAUUAAAUCAGUAACACAGGCCUCUCACAUUCUAGAAGAAUGAAUUUCCAUAUUCAAAGCACCUGUGAACAACAUGAAUAUGUUUAUUUUUUUUUUUUUAUGACUAUACACAAACACACUGAAUGUUUGACACAGAUGUCACUGUUAUGUAACAGUAAUCCCUCUCUGCGGUUUCUUGCUGAUGCUGCCUACUCCCUAAGCCCAUGCUAUGCUAUUUACAUUUGUAUGUGUGAGUGUCUGUGUGGCUUAGAUAUGGUGAUAUAAAGGUUUCUGGACUGUUAGUAAUAGUAAUGUCUAUUUUGAGAGUGGCUGUGCUUUAGGAAUGGAUCUGCUAAUGACAGCUGCUCUUGGCUACUCAUUCAUGCAGUUAACAAUCUCCUUAGUUUUACUUAUUGGUUAAUAGAUCAGUCACAGACACCUAAUGAACAAGAAAUUAUGUUCUGAAUCCAUUGCUAAUGGUAAAGUUUACUGUAAGAGAACAUAAGCCUUCAGAAAUCAUUAGUUUAUUGCACUUUAAAUGAAUAAGCACUGUUGGGAAUAUUAACCUUGGCAAUGCCAAACAACCAAGACAGACAUAGGAGCAUGUAGAUGACAGGUUCAGAGCAGUGUAAUGUUGGGAUAUGCAUACUGCUGACUUGUGCCAUCACAAGAUAUUCAAGUGCAAAUAUAGUACAAAGUGAACUUUAAUAGUAUAUCGGAAUCUAUUGCCUGAGCUCCAACCCAUUUGUGGACUGCUUAAAUAUAGACAUGGUGCUAUGAUCCAUUCAUUUCUAGCAUUGUUUAUCAGUCAUUGCAGCUGAAAUUGAGCACUUUAAGCUCAGUGCAGUAUUGGCCUCUUCAACUUCAACGAAACUGUAGAAGUUACUGCUGCACUUGGAGAUCUUAAAUCUUCACAAUUUUGAGCUUUAAAGCAGUCUUAAUAAAGAUUCUCUAUUGUGUGAUCUUCAGACAUUUCAACCCAGUCCGAAAAACUGACCUGCUGGGCUACUAGACCUGGCUAGGCAGGCUUCUCUUCACACAUACCUUACCUUGUCCAAACCACGUGUCUGGACAGACUUGACACGCAGACUCCACAAAAGAUAUGACUGCCAUGAAUGUGUGAUAUUUAUUUUUUUUCCUAAAUGUCUGUCCUCUGCACAGUCCCAGCAGACAAGGGCUCUCUUUGUGUAAACUUUGUGAAUAGCUCUUUGGUAGUUUGUACAUAUGUAAUUUUGCUGGAGUGUCUGAAUUGCUUGCCCUUAAUGGGAUCGUGCAUAUUAUGAGUAAAGCUGUAUCCAAGCACACUUAUUCUCUCAAAGUGGGGCUGAAGUGAUUUGAUUGGGUAAGUUUUAUUAAAGAUACGCUCUGUGGUUUUGGAGUGACAAACUGACGAGAUGGGUGUUUGUAGGGGAAGCUAAAGGCUCUUUUGAGGCAUGGAGUGAGUUAUAAAGCCACAAAUCAAUGGUCAAUGAUCUGUGAACAGAAAUAAUUAAUUAAUGAAUUAAUAAAUAGGUUCAUAAUGGGCUAGGAAAACCAUCUGAAAAAAUAAAUAUUUGUAAAUCCAAAUCUGAUAAAAUGUCUGAGAAUCAGAGUGUAGCUUUUGAUAUCAAAUACAUUUGUAAAUUGUUUUAAUAGUUAAGAUCUGUUCAUCCUUGUUGUUCAUCGAAGAUAAUUGCAAAUUCAAUUCAAUAUCUUGUAGUAAAAAAGCAGAAGAUGGACUAAAACAUCUAUUUGUUAAUUAAAUCACCGCAAAAAUAAAGAGAAACAUGUUUGUAAUCA